CCGGUGUGUAGGUCUGUGACAGGGUCCGGCGGCACCUGGUCGGUGUCCGGCCCCCCCAAAUCUCCCGUCCCUGUCCCCAGGGGAACGACACCACUGUCCGGCUCCCGUUUUCCGCUGUCUUUGAUUCUCCCUGGGAGCGAGGUGGAGCACAGACCCCGGGUGUCAACACACAGGCACAAGCCGCACAGCAAACCUCAACACUGGCAUCAGCUGAAGCCAAAAUUCCCAGGAUUCUGAAUAGAGGCUGCCUAAUUGCCCACAGUUGCUCCUUUGACCUCCCGAGGACUAAUUCCAAAGAAGGAAGAAAGAAACCUAGCAGGUGUUUUUGUUUUAAAUUGAAACUUGAACUUUGGCAUCUGCAGUGCUUGGCCAUUCCCGUUCACAACUUGCUGAGUCUGCAAGUAGAUCAGGAACUCCCCAGAGCUUCUAGCUCCACCCAUGGAAACUCAGGCUGAUCAUGUAUCUCAGGAACCUCAGGCCCUGCUUGAGAAUGCUCUUCCUUCCUCCAAAGUUCCUGUAUUUUCCAACAAGGACAAGCUAGGGGAUGAGAUGUUGGCAGCUGCACUUCUAAAGGCCAAGUCCCAGGAGUUGGUGACCUUUGAGGAUGUGGCCGUGUAUUUCAUCCGGAAGGAGUGGAAGCGUUUGGAGCCGGCACAGAGGAACCUCUACAGGGACGUGAUGCUGGAGAACUACAGGAACGUGUUCUCUUUGGAUGGUGAGGCCAGAACUGAGCACCAUCAAGACAUUUCAGAAGAUACAGGAGCACACGGGGUACUGUUGGGAAGGCUACAAGAGGAUAUUUCUCAGGGUCUUAAGUUUGAAGAAGCCUAUGAACGAGAAAUCAGUCUCAAAAAGGAGCUAGGGAAUUCCUCUGGGGAUAAACUGAACAGGAAGAGAGCAGGUUUCAGUCACAUGACAGUUGAAGAAAAGCUAACCCCCACAGGAGAGAAAAAUGAGAAAUGCAGUGCUUUGGGGAGUGGCUUCUCUGUGAGCCCCCACCUUAUUUCACAUCAGAAACUCCCUGUGGGAGACAGACCCCAUAAAUGCGAUGAAUGUAACAAGAGCUUUAAUCGAACUUCAGACCUUAUUCAGCACCAGAGAAUCCACACUGGGGAGAAACCCUAUGAAUGUAGUGAGUGUGGGAAGGCCUUCAGCCAGAGCUCCCACCUCAUCCAACAUCAGCGGAUCCACACUGGAGAGAAACCCUAUGAAUGUACUGACUGUGGGAAGACCUUUAGCUGUAGCUCAGCCCUGAUUCUCCACCGGAGGAUCCACACUGGGGAGAAACCGUAUGAAUGUAGCGAGUGUGGGAAGACCUUCAGCUGGAGCUCCACCCUCACUCACCACCAGAGAAUCCACACCGGAGAGAAACCGUAUGCCUGCAAUGAAUGUGGGAAAGCCUUCAGCCGGAGCUCCACCCUUAUUCAUCACCAGCGCAUCCACACGGGAGAGAAGCCCUACGAAUGUAACGAGUGUGGGAAGGCCUUCAGCCAGAGCUCCCACCUCUAUCAGCACCAGAGAAUCCACACUGGAGAGAAACCCUAUGAAUGUAUGGAAUGUGGAGGGAAGUUUACCUACAGUUCAGGCCUUAUUCAGCAUCAGAGGAUUCACACAGGGGAGAAUCCCUAUGAAUGUAGUGAAUGUGGGAAAGCUUUUCGGUACAGCUCUGCGCUGGUGCGCCACCAGAGAAUUCACACUGGAGAGAAACCUUUGAAUGUAAUGGGGAUGAACAAAAGUUCUUUCCAAGCACCUGCUGAAUUAAGUGUCGGAGAGUCUACAUGAAGGAGCGCUACUACCCUGUUCUCCUUCCUUCCUCUGAGCUAAAAGAGCCUUAUUCCACAAGGAUGAACAAUUUAGCUGUUUCUCUUCUGGUUCAAGCACUGUGAAAGAGUAUGGGGAAGAAUGGGCCAGUGAGCCCAGCAUAGUCAUCAGGCACCUAGCUGGUUUCUCCAGAGCAUUAUCAGCCUGGAAAAAACCACAAGACAAACAGCAGGUGGGGUGCUAGGGAUAGAGGGGCGCUCUGGAGCCAGUCACCUUCCAUUCUGGAAGGGAAUUUGCACUAGAUCACUUUCCUCACACCCUAGGAGGAGUCUUUCUUUCCAAGGUGGGGAUGGAGGCACAGGAAGAAUACAAUUCCAAGGAUCCUUCUAGAAGCAAUCAGGAGUAUUAGCACAAUGAGGCUGUGGAAUAAAUGUGAAAUCUAUGAUUUGCUAGAAAGGGGAAAGGAGGCUGUACUUGCCAACCACCAUGACUAAUCUGGCUUUAAGUUUUGGUUAGAAACGUGCUAUCCUGUUUUAGAACUUUCUAAAUUAUGGGGAUUUGGUGCUGAGGGAUUUGUUGUUUUACAGGAACUGGGAGGAAAUUUGGAGUGGUUUUCUGUCAUGACUUUUUCCUUCAGGACUCUUAGAGCAGCAGGACCCAAGUUUGUAAGGACAGUCUGGCAGUUUUGUUGGAAAACCCCUUGCUCUUCCUUACUGUGGUAGGACUAAAUGCAAAAAUCUAUUUAAUUAAUGAAUCUAACAUGAGAGAUUAUCAAAAGCACUUAGUUUAGACCUCUGUUGUGUCCCUCCUCUCCUCUCUCUCUUUACUCGUCCUCUUGUAAUGAAAAGCAGUGUAUUUCAAAUCCCUAAUGGCUAGACCCCUUUUUUUUUUAAAAAAAAAAUUAUUAUUGAGAGGGAUAGGAGGAGAGAAAGAACCAGAUGUCACUGUGCUGCCAAGGAUUGAACUCAGGACCUCAUGCUUGAGAGUCCAAUGCUUUAUUCACUGUGCCACCUCCUGGGCCACGGCUAGACUCCUUCUAAGGAGCCCCCUCAGCCAGCUUGCCCUGCCUGCUCUCAUGUGUGACACAUGAAAUCUGACCUCAGCAGACGCACCUUGCUGGCAUCUCAGCAGCAGAGUAUGAAUGCAGAGCCCAGAGGAGGCCCUGGUCUGAGCCUAGUGACGGUUCCAUUCUGGGUUUCGCUGGAGCUCUAGGCUUCCCAGCUGAAGGGAGACCUUUCAUGUGUUUUGUUUUGUGUCCUCUCCUGUCACGUAAAUGACACUAUUAAACAGUAUAGUUUUGCAGGAGAAAUUAUGUUUUUGUGCAGGGACCACAUUUGUUUUCACCUUGUACCAUAAACAGUGACUGUUAAGGGACUCUAAAAAUUAAUCUUUAAAACUAUUAUAGACAACCACAUGGCUUUUUCUUUCAAUAUUCCAUCAUAUUCCUCUAGAUGCCACCAGACUUGGAUCCUUUAGAAAGUCAUUUUCAUACUCACAUGGAGAAUUUUAUGGGUUGCCUGUCAUUCUAUGUGGAGUGAGUGAUACUCAAAACCAGCAACCAGGGCCAGUAAAAUAGCUCACUAGAGGGCUGGCAAGAUAGCUCACUUGGUGUGAGGCUAGUGUGAUUGCCAUAUCCAUGACCUAGGUUUGAGCCCAGCCGCUAAUGCUCUGAGGUAAACUGACUUUUUUUUUACAUUUAUCUUUUUUUUUUUUUUUUUUUUUACUUUUAUUUUGAUAGAGAGAAACUAAGAGGAAAUGGGAGACAGGGAAAGAGAGACAAACAGCAGAAACCUGCAGUAAUGCUUCAUCACUUAUGAAGCUUUCACCCUGCAAGUGAGGACAAAGGCUUGAACCUGGGUCCUUGCUCAUGGUAAUACAUGCACUUAAUCAGAUAUAGCACUACCCAGACCCUAUUUUUAUUUUAAUUUAAUAAUUAAUGUUUUUACCUCUGGCGGUAGGGGCUGGGGAGCCAGGAACAGUGAGGGCCCAGUGACAACAAAAAAAGCUCACUUGGAUAGUGUGCCUGCUUUGCCAUGUGCAUGACCCAGAAUUGAACCUAACCGUCACUGCACUGGAGCAAGCUUCCUUGCUGUGCUAUCUUUGCCUCAGUCUUUCUCUGUUUCACUAUCUGUAAAAGCCCAGAGCAGUGAAACCCCAGGGAUGACAAAAAAAAAAAAAAAAAAAAGUGGUCCGGGAGGUGGCACAGUGGUAAAGCUUUGGACUCUCAAGCAUGAGGUCCCGAGUUCGAUCCCCCGGCAGCACAUGUGCCAGAGUGAUGUCUGGUUCUUUCUCUCUCCUCCUACCUUUCUCAUAAAUAAAAUAAAAAUCUAAAAAAAAAAAAAAAAAAAGCCAUGGGAGUCAGGUGGUAGCACAGCGGGUUAAGCGCAUGUGGCGCAAAGCGCAAGGACUGGCGUAAGGAUCCCGGUUUGAGCCCACCCGCAGGGAGGUCGCUUCACAGGCGGUGAAACAGGUCUGCAGGUGUCUUUCUCUUCCCCUCCUCUCCAUUUCUCUCUGUCCUAUCCAAAAGCGCCAACAUUAAUAACAACAAUAAUAACUACAACAAUAAAACAACAAGGGCAACAAAAGGGAAUAAAUAAAUAAAUAAAUAUUAAAAAAAAAAACAAACAGCCAGAACUAGUUGUGGGGUCUGGCUCCCUGAUGAGAACAUAGUUGGGCUGUUGGGUAUUUGUGGAGACGUCUAGAUUUCUUGGUUUGACUGUUGGUGAGAGAGUACUAUAAUUAUGGGAAAUGCUGGAAUGGAAAAAAGGAAUAUUUGGAACUCUGAAAAAAAUCUGGCCUCAAUUAUUGUAGCUGACUACCUAAUAAGUUAGAUUUAUUUUAUUUUUAGUAAAGCACUACUCAGCUCUAGCUUAUGGUGACGCCAGAGAAUGAAGCUGGGACCUUGGAGCCUCAGGCAUAAGUCUUUUGUAGAACCAUUAUGCUGUCAGAUUUCCUUUUUAUUAAAUUAAUAUAUAUAUACAUAUAUAUUUUACCAGAGCACCACUCAAAUCUGAUUUAAGUUAGUACUAGAAAUUGAAGUUGCAAUCUCAGAGCCUCAGGUGUGAAAGUCUUGCAUAACCACUGUGCUAUCUCCCAGGGCUUUUUUAACAGACCAUUAGUGUCGGAUUAAACCCAGGGCUUCAUGCAUGCAAGGCCUAUGCUCUAUUACUAAGCCAAUGUUAAUGCUUACUGAUGUUUCUGAGAGAAUGACAGCACCCCUCUGACAUACAUGCAGUCCCUGGGGUUGAACUCAGAACAUCAUGCUUACAAGUUCAGUCUUCUACCACUCUGUCAACUCCUGGGCUGCUGGUUUUGUUUACCAGAGUACCACUCAGUUCUUAAUUAUGGCAGUGCAGGAGACUGAGACUGGGAACCUCAGGCAUGAGUGUUUGCAUAAUCAUUAUGCUAUCUACCCCACUCCUGGACUUCUUAAUUUUUUAAAUUAUUUAAAAAAUACUUUUAUGUGAUCCGGGAGGUGGCACAGUGGAUAAAGCACUGGAUUCUCAACCAUGAGGUCGAUCCCUGGCAGCACAUGUACCAGAGUAAUAUCUGGUUCUUUCUCUCCUCCAAUCUUUCUCAUGAAUAAAUAAAUUCUUUAAAAAUAAAUACUUUUGGGGGUUGGGUGGUGGCGCAGUGGGUUAAGCGCAUGUGGCGCAAAGCGCAGGAACUGGCGUAAGGAUCCCGGUUCAAGCCCCCGGCUCCCCACCUGCAGGGGAGUCGCUUCACAGGCGGUGAAGCAGGUCUGCAGGUGUCUAUCUUUCUCUCCCCUUCUCUGUCUUCCCCUCCUCUCUCCAUUUCUCUCUGUCCUACCCAACAACGAAUUGCGUCAACAAGGGCAAUAAUAAUAACCACAAAGAAGCUACAACAAGGGCAACAAAAGGGGGGAAAAAAUGGCCUCCAGGAGCAGUGGAUUCAUGGUGCAGGCACCGAGCCCAGCAAUAACCCUGGAGGAGGAAAAAAAAAAAAAAUAAAUACUUUUAUAGGGGGCUGGAUGGUAGCGCAGCGGGUUAAGUGCACAUGGCUAAAGUGCAUGGACCAGUGUAAGGAUCCCGGUUCAAGCCCCCAGCUCCCCACCUGCAAGGGGGAUGGCUUCACAAGCAGUGAAGCAGGUCUACAGGUGUCUUUCUCUUCCCCUCUCUCUUCCCGUACUCUCUCGAUUUCUCUCUGUCCUAUCCAACAACAGCUAUAACAACAAUAACCACAAGGGCAACAAAAUGGGGAAAAAUAGCCUUCAGGAGCAGUGGGUUCGUAGUGCUGACACGAAGCCCCAGCGAUAACCCUGGAGACAAAAAAAAAAAAACCAAAAAACCCACAAACUUUUAUUAUUAGAGAUAGAAAUUGAGAGGGAGGGAGAAUAGGAAGAGAAACAUCACCUGCUGCCCUGAUUCACCGCUCCUGAAACUUUCUUCCUGAAAGUGGGGACCUGGGCCCUUUAAUGUGAUGACUUAACCGGGUAUGCCACUACCUGGCCUACCUUAUUUUAAAUUUAUUUUCCCAUUUGUUGCCCUUUUUUUUUUAAUCGUUGUAGUUAUUGUUAUCAUCAUCCUUAGAUAGGACAGAAAAAAAUGGAGAGAGGAGGGGAAGCUAUCUCCCAGCCUCGAUCCAGUCUCCUUAGUCAUAGAACAAAGGCUUACGGGAGCCGGGAGGUAGUGCAGCAGGUUAAGCACACAUAGUGCAAAGUGCAAGGAUGGGGUAAGAAUCCUGGUUUGAGCCCCCGCCUCUCCACCUGCAGGGGAGACGCUUUACAGGCUUCCCCUCCUCUCUCCAUCUCUCUCUGUCCUAUCCAACAAUGACGAGAUCAGUAACAACAAUAACUACAAUAAUAAAAACAAGGGAAACAAAAGGGGGAAAUAAAUAAGUAUUAAAAAAAAAAAAGAACAAAGACUUACUUUCCUUGAACUUCAUUCUGCAUAGAGCGGGACCAGAUGAGAUUUUUUUGCCUCCAGGGGUAUUGCUGGAACUUGGUGUUGGCACUACAAAUCCACUACUCUCUGGCUGUUUUUUUCCUUUUUACUUAUUUAUUUUUAUUAGAUAGGACAGAAAUUGAGAGAGCAGGGAAGAUAAAGAGGGAGAGAAAGAUAGCUCAUGAAGUGGACCCCCUGUAGGUAGGGAGCGCCCGGGGCCUCAAACCCUGGUCCUUGUGCUUUGUAAUAUGUGCACAUAAAUGGGUGCACCAUGGCCUGAGAAUUUUUUUUUUUUUUUUUUUUUUUUUACCAGAGCACCCAUUGCUCAGCUCUGGUUUAUGGUGGUGCAGGGGGUUGAAUUUGGGAUUUUGGAGCCUCAGGCAUGAGAGUCUCUGCAUAACCAUUAUGCUGUCUACCCCUGCUCCUGAGAAUUUGUUUUAAUCCUAACUAUUUCUGUACCAUUUCAGAAGGCUUGCUUUUUUUUUUUUCUUAUAAAUUUAUUUUGGGUAGAGACUGAAAUUGAGAGGGAAGGGGGAAGCAAAGAGGAGACACCUGCUUCACUGCUCAUGAAGCUUCCUUUCUACAGGUGUAGACGGGGAUUUGAAGUCAGGUCGUUGCACACAGUGUGUGUGUUCAACCAGGUGUACCACCACCUUUCUGCCCCGCCAAAUGGGAAUUUCUAGUCAGAGAUUGUGGCUGACAAAACACUAGAAGUAGCCAGGCUAGGGGAGUUCUGACCAAACUAGCCUAACUGGACUCUUGCUGAAGACAAGCCAGGGUGACAGGCUCUCAGGCGGAUGGUGGAGAGCAAGGAAACCUGAGUGAGACGGAGGAUGGGGGUUCCUGUUAAACUGAUUCGGAGGGCUUCUUGCUAAAACUAGAUUUUAUAAGGAAGGCCACUGAUGGGCUGAGGCAGUUUGGUCAAGCAAUAAAUCUGUUGCAUUAAAGGGCAAAAUGUCAGCAAGGUUUCUCCACAUUCCUGCUAGUAAGCUUGUUUACACAUGGUGUGUCCCCAUCCUGUUCCAGUUCCACUCAUCCAGUCCAUCAGAAUCAGAGUUCAGGACUGGGAGGUGACACACCCAGUAGAGUGCCCAUGAUACUAUGCGCAAGAACCCAGGCUGAAGGUCCCAGCUCCCAGAAGUUUCACUAGUUGUGCUGCAGGUGUCACUCUGUCUCUCCCCCCCACCACCGCCCCUUCCUCUCUCUUUUGCCUCCAGGGUUAUCGAUGGGUCUGGGUGCUGGCACUUAAUGCAUCCACUGCUCCUGGUGGCCAUUUUAUUGAGUAGAACAUAGAGAAAUUGAGAGAGAGAGACACCUGCAGAUCUGCUUCACUUGUGAAACAUCCCCCCUGCAGGUGGGGAGCUGAGGGCUCGAACCUAGGUCCUUGCACUUUGUACUGUGUGUGCUUCACUGGCUGUGCCACCACCAACCUCCCACCCCCCACCUCUACCUAUCUCUUACUCUCCAUCCAAAAGAAAAAAAAAAACCUUAAAAUCAGAUAAAUAGGGGGCCGGGCAGUAGCGCAGUGAGUGAAGUGCACAUGGCACAAAGCACAAGGACCAGCGUUAAGGAUCCCAAUUGGAGCCUCCGGCUCCCCACCUGUAGGGGGUCACUUCACAAGCGGUGAAGCAGGUCUGCAGGUGUCUAUCUUUCUCUCCCCCUCUCUGUCUUCCCCUCCUCUCUCUCUCUCUGUCCUAUCCAACAAUGACAGCAAUGACAACAAUAACAACUAUGAUAAACACAAGGGGAAAAAAAGGUAAAAGUGAAAAAAUAGCCUCCAGGAGCAGUGGAUUCCUAGUAGUGCAGGCCCAGAGUCCCAGUGAUAACCCUGAAAAAAAAAAAUCAGAUAAACAGCAGCACCACUCCACCAACAGGGAGCACGCCUGGGCAUCGUCCAUGCUGUUCCCAUGAGAGGGCAUGCCCCCCACCAUGUGAUCUAUCUCCCAACCCCUUUCUUUUUUCUCUCCUCCUUUUUCCCUGCCACCAAGUGGCAGGAGGAAAUGGCCAUGGUGAGCAGACAUGGAGCCACAGCUAUAAUCCUGAUGGCAAUAAAAUAAACAUUAACA